AUGGCGGACGAAGAGACCAAAAAAUGGAUAAAUUCGCAAUUUGGCGCUGUCGAUGAUGAGACCGCCGAUAGGCUCGUCUCGGUCAAAGACAUCUUCAAUUACUCCAGAGAUGACUUGUACAUUCAGUGGGAAGCGUUUGUGGUAACGCAAGAGAACGGUGAAUUAGAUGUAACUGCUGCCAACGUCGACAGAUUCCAGGAAUGGGCCCAAAAAGGCCUCAACGCUGGCUCAACGAAAAAGACGAUUAAUAACAAAAAGAGUUCGGACGCUAAGAGAAGACCCAUGAUUCGCUCAAAUGUUGAAUUGUCGUCUAGUCCAGGUGCUGGCUUUGGGAUGCCCUCCACUCCGCAAUUCAAAAAGCAAAGAACAGAACCUCCAAGUGAAACUACUUUAGCUUCGAGCCCCUCGCAGUUCGCCACCGCUAAUAACACCAUGCUCUCUCUGAGCUCAAGAAAACCAGAGGCGGACCUGCUGUACGAGUCGAACACGGUGUUGGAGUGCUUGAACCCAGCGGUUGAGGCCACGGAACUGAAUGAUCAUUCUCCUCGACUCUCGGCCAAUUUUGAUCCCGAGAAGUUCAAGUUUAGAACGAUGGCCAUGAAGUUACUAGAAAGUGCUGACGUUUUGGACGAUCAGAUCGAUAUGUUCAGCCUGAAAUUUUCGACCGAACUCAAGGGCAAAGGCCUUGAACUUGGAAAUCCAUGUAUGAACUCGCAAUCUGACAUUGCGUGUUGUGGUAGAAUUGUGCCAGAUUCACCAUACUAUGAUAGCAUGAUUACGCAAACUCUUAACGACAAAUCUUUAUAUCUCGAGACGUCUCGUCUUGGUGGUAUUGGCCAGAGGGUGCCUCUUGACUUGUCCAACUUGCAAGAAUACUCGUUUUUUCCAGGCCAAAUUGUCGGCUUGAAGGGCAGAAACCCCACCGGAAGAGCUUUCGUGGUGCAUGAAGUCUUAUCAUUGCCAGAAUUGGGGACACCUGUAACUCACUUAGCAGAGCUUCAAGACAUUAAAGAAUCUUCAAAUGGAGAGAGCCUCAAGGUUGUGAUGACCUCGGGCCCUUUUUCCAAUCACCACAAUCUCAAUUUUGGUAAACUCGAGAGCUUUGUGCAACAUCUUAACAAUGUUGUCAAGCCUCAUGUUGCUGUGGUGUUCGGUCCUCUCCUUGACAUCACGAACGCUGCGGUGGCUUCAGGUGAAGUCGAAGUACCUGGCCUCCCUGCAAAUCAACAACCCAGAGAUCUUGAUGAGCUCCUUCGGGCUACAGUGACACCAAUCUUGAAAAAGAUUGACAGCAGUAUUCAAGUCAUCUUGGUUCCAUCGUUGCGUGACUCCGCGAGUAAACACACAUCAUACCCACAAUCUGCAUUCGAUAGGAAGAAAAUUGGACUCCCGAAAAACUUCAAGUGUUUUCCUAAUCCUUCCACCUUUUCGAUUAAUGAAGUUGUCAUAAGCGCGUCUAACGCGGACGUAUUCAAGGACCUCAAAGAUGUCUACAAGAGCAAUGUUUCUCCAGAUAAAAGUGUGUUGUUCUCCAACAGGUUUGAGAGAAUCGCUAACCACAUCUUCGAACAAAGAAGAUUCUACCCAAUGACUCCAGGGUCUGUGAAGAGACAAGCACUUUCAAAGGAUGAUAAAGACAAAAUUGUUGGUCUUGCAGAUGGAGGUAAUGCUGAAGACUUAGCCGAGACGCAAGUUGGUGGUUCGAGUUUGGAAGUGCCAUACUUGGGUCUCGCGGAAUUGGGAGACUCCUUGCCAGACAUCUUGGUGAUACCUUCUGAGCUCAAGUUUUUUGCCAAAGUGAUCAAAGGUGUCGUUGUGAUUAACCCUGGCCAGUUUGUACGUGCUCACAAAGAUCCCAGCAAGGAGGAUGGUAGUUAUGUUGUGAUUAGUGUUUCACCGCCAGAUGUUGAGGGUGAAGACAAUGUUGAGCCAGUUGAAAACUCUAACGGUCUUUACUACAACAACAUUUACAAGAGAUCGAGAGUUGAGAUUUUGAGAAGUUGA